AUGGAUUUUAACGUUAUUGUCUCUGAUGAGGAACAACGAGGUGGUCAUCCACGUCCUUUGGUGGCUAUGGAGGAGUUUAAUUCUUGGAUUCACUCUUGCGGAUUGUUGGAGUUAAAAUAUUUGGGUAAGAGUUUCUCUUGGUGUAAUGGGCAUGCCGGGCGUUCUCGUAGUUGGGCUCAUUUGGAUCAUUCUUUGGCCGCUCAGAAUUUUGUUCAAGCAUUUCCGGAUUCUUUCUUGAGAUAUUUGCCUCGCAUCUCAUCAUAUCAUGCUCCUAUGGUCAUUUCUCUAGUGAAAAAUGUUGCAGAGUAUGUGCCGUCUCCUUUCCAUUUUCAACAGAUGUGCGUGGAUCAUGUGGACUUUCCUAGAUGCGUCCGAGAGGCUUGGGAUCAACUUGAGGUCCGUAGUGGUCUUCUGAAGCUUGUGAUAAAACUAAAAAAAUUGAAAGUAACUCUGAAAGGAUGGAACAAACCAGUUUUUGGAUGGACAAGUGGGCAUAUUAAGGAGUUGGAGGAUCGUAUUGAGCGGUUGGAGAGUCAAUUACAGUUCAGUUAUGAUGAAGAGGUGGAACUUGAUCUGUUGGCUUUAAAAAUGGAGUUGGAUACCUGGAAUAAUUGUGAAGAAGUGUGGUUAGCUCAGUGUGCUAAAGUCAGUUAG